AUGAGUAUUUGCAUGCCAUGGCAGAGGAGGUUAGCAGAUUUAAGAUUGAGGUUUGUUUGGGGUUUGUGGAUUGAUCAUUUGAGGUUUUUGGGAGAGAGUGUAAUGGCUGAGGAAGGUGGAAUGUUGACUGUUGAGAGUGAAAUGAGUUCUGUUGUUUUCAGGCUCUUCGAGUACCUGUCAGCAGAAUCUGAGAAUCCGAUGAGGAAUCAAGUCGGGCACAAAGGCAACCCUGACUGGAAGAACUCUCACCCGAAGCUGGAGGUGAGGAAAUCAAGUUACCGACACGGCGGCGCCCCCAACUCGUGGCGGAUGGUUGAAACCCCAGCCAGCAGAAACCCUAGCCUUCCUCCGAGUAAAUCAGCCAACAAUUUAUCGGGUCGGAAGAAGAUCCGCCCUUCGCCGUCCGACAUCUACGUUGGAGCCACGUUCGCCAUGUUGUCUCUCAGAUCCGUCCCCCUACCUUCGUUUUUCUUUAUUUUGUUCUUCUCCUCUUUAGUAUAA